AUGGAGCUGUCGGAGUUGGAGCAGUUGCCGAUGAAGUCCUUGCGCGAACAGGCCGGUCGAGCCUUCCGCCUCCAGGCUGCCGUGAACAUGGAGAUGUGGCUCGGCAUGAAGCGGGCUGUCAAUACGGCCGAGCGUGUCCAGAAAAAAUAUGAGGAAGGCCGUGCCAAAGUUGCCGAGGCUGGUAAGAUGCUGCAGGAUGCGGAUCGGCACGCAGAGGAGAACGCCGCCAAGAUUGCUGAGCUAUCCUCCAGGUUGGCGGAGGCGGAGAGGGCGGCAGUGGAUGCCGAUGAGGCGAGGGCGAGGGCAGAGGCGGCGAAGGAGGCCGUGCUUCGGUCUCAGGCGACGGAGGUGGAUGAGGCCAAGAAACAGGCCAUAGCUGAGUACCAAGACUCGCUUGAGUUCGUGGCAUUCCUUGACAAGGAGGUGAUGGUGCAAUGCGAGGAUCUCAUAUACCGGUUCAAGCGUUUUAAUGCUGAUAAAAAACUAAACUUGAACUUCCUCUGGGAACCUCCGUCGUUGCUCGAGAGGGUGACCGAGGAGAUGGUGGAGGCGUACCUCGGGGAGGAUGCCGAAGUGGAGACCUCGAGUGGCUUGGAGUCGGAUAGUGAGGAAGAAGAAGCUACUCCACCUCCCGAGCCGUCGAGUGUCCGAGAUAUCGAAGUGCCCGCCCCACCGGCUGCUGAGGACGAUCAUCCGACUCCUUAA